GGUAGAGACAAGAAGGAGAGAGAGGAGAGAGGAGAGAGGAGAGAGUGAGGAGUUGGAAGGAACACAGUGGGAUUGAGAUUACAGAAACAGGCCCAAAGAUGUCGCAGAAAAAGGAAUACAGUCCUGUAAAGAUCACCAAGAGUCAGGCCAAUGACCUGGCUAUAGUGAUUUCUCGCAUGCAGAAGAACGCAGACCAAAUGGAGAAGACGAUCCUGCAAUCAGAGGAGCAGCUGGCUUUGGACACUCAUCGUAAAGGCAAGGGCUGGGACCUGAUCCACCAGAAGGUGAACUCAGACAACUUGUCGGAGUCUGAGAAUCUGCUGAAGCUCCUCUUCAUGGACGUGGACAAGUCCAAGAAGCUGCAGCACCCGCAGGCUCAUGAGAUAGAGAGAGAUGUGACAAAUCUACAUGAUCGCUGGGCAAAGAACUGCGCCAUCUACAGGCAGCUGUAUAACCAGAUGCUAAAUUUGGAGCCAAAAAAGAAGAUCGACUGGGGUCCCACAUUUGAUGAGAAACUGAAACAGUUAAAUGCAGGUGCAUACGGCCCAAACCUGGCUGAUGUAGAGAAGCAGAUCGCAGCACAUAAUAUUGUGCACCAGUCGAUCGAGGCCUACGGCGCCCAGUUGCAGCCCAGCACCACCACGUCACAGGAGCAGUACGCCGCCCUCAAGAAGAAAUAUGAUAACCUUUUAGAGAGCUCCCAGCAGAGACGCGGCCACCUGGCCUCUCUGUACGACUACAUGCAGAGCUGCACCAAGGAGCUGGUCUACCUGUCGGGUCAGCAGGAGAGGAUCCUGCAGAGAGACUGGAGCGACCGCAUGGUCGACCCCUCAGGGAUCCGCAUGGAGUAUGAGAAAUUCAGAAAUAAUGGACUGCUGCAACAUGAGAAGGAGACCAACAAGCUGCGGGAGGAAGGAGAUCGUGUUGAAACGAAACACCCCGGCAGCCCAGCAAUAAUAGUACACAGAGAUGCUGUGACGAGUGAGUGGGAGGCCUUCCUCAACUUGUGUCUAGCACAGGAAGUACACCUGAACAACAUUGAAGAGUACAAGAAGUUUCAGCUGGAGGCAGAGACUUUGUCCGAGUCCCUGGAGAGACUCAGAUCCACCCUGGACCCAAAGUUUCAGGCCAACAAGAGCAACCCCGAGGUCCUGCUGGCACUGGAGGGAGAGGAACCAGCAGUAAAGAGGAAUGAGCAGCGCCUGGCUGCCCUCAGGGAGCUCAGCAGCAACGUCGUGCCUCUGAAGUUACGGCGAAUCCGGCCCACCGAACCCACCACUGUCCUGUCCCUGUGUGACUGGGAAACAGUGAGACGCGGUGAGACGCUAAACCUCGUGUCCAACUCUGAUAACAAGAAAUGGGAGCUUCAGAACAGCAGUGGGGAGACCAGCACCCUCCCUGGGGCGUGCUUCAUGAUCCCACCGCCUGAUGCUGAAGCCUUGGAGAAAGUAAACAGUCUGGACAGAGCGCUGAGGGACCUGAAGAGUCGUAGAUCUGCACUCAUCACCUCCUUGAAGAACCCCACUGUGGAGGUGGUUCGCCCUCAGAGGGCAGCGGCUGCACAAAGUGCUCCAGAGGACCCCAAAGCUGCAGAGCUAGCCAGUGAAAUAGACAGGAUCAACCGAGCCCUGGAUCAGUGCGAAAAAGACAUCCUGGGUCGACUCAGAGCGCCGCUAGACAACCGCAACCCCACGCAAGACCAGGCGAACAGGCUGCAGGAGCAGGAGAAAUCUGCUCAGACUGUACGAAAACUGGAGUCUGAGAAGUCUGCAGUCCAGAGACAGAUGGAGCCGAUUCUGGCCAAGAAACCCCUGGGACCCACCACCUCCACCCUGCCCCCCAAACUCAGUGCUACCAACAAGAAGAUCGAUGACAUCAACACCCUUAUUGAUCUUUAUAAUAAAAAGGCCACAGCCUCCAUGUUCCUAGAGAAGCAGAUGCGGAACGUGGACGGCAUCGUCUCUGGGUUUGAGGAGAAGCUUGCUAAAGAUGGUGCCAUUCUUGAUCAGCCUAAUGCACUGCAGAGUCGCAACACGCAGCUGCAGGCCAUGCGUAAGGAUGUCGCCUCAAAGAAGGACGAGUUGACUAAAUUAGGCAGAGACUUGGACCUGACAGAGCAAGCCUGCAGCCCCCUGCAGCAGAGUUUCAAUGAAUACUGUCCUGACAUCCGCCGCCAGGAGAAUGAGGUGAAAAAGCUGAAGAACCGUUACACGUUCGUCAAUAAUCAGCUCCAGGAAAGGUCUGCUCUCAUACAGGAAGCAACCAGUAAGAAUCAAGAUUUCCAGAAUGCCGUUCAUUCACUGGAUUUCUUCUUGGUCAAUUUGCCCAACAAUGCAAUCAAGCCCACUGAUGACGCAGCGCAGAUAGCAGCCAAGGAGAACUCUCAAAAGAGAGUGAUGGAGGAUAUCAAGAAGAAAUCAGACGAUUUAGACCGCGUCAAAGGUCUUUCCUGUGAUCUGCAAACCGUCUUAAACGCGUAUGAGGUUAAGUCGAACACUUACCGUGGCACACUGAAUGAUGACGACGACGACGAUGAUGAUGACGAUGAACCAAUCUUGAAGAAAUUUCAACCUUCAACUAUGGCUCAGGCUGUACAGAGAAAGGAGAAAAAUCUGCUGAACCUCUUCUCUGAGGUGUCUGCAGAGAACGACCAGCUACUCAACCAGUUGGGAACAGUGAAGAACAUCAUGGCCAGGAAUGAAGAGAAAGUUAGUCAGGUAGCCGCCAGUCAGCAGCUGCAGCAACAGAGCCAGAUGAGGGACCUGGAGGAGAGUGAUAGUCUGAAAAAUGAAUUAAGUGAGGAGGUUAACAGGCGCUUACACGCUGAGAAAGACCUGGAAACAUACCGUAGGAGGUUUUUGUCUCUGAAGAACAGGAGAGGAGUGGAGCGGUUGGAGGAGAAGGAGGUGGUGCAAUACUACCGUGACCCCAAGCUGGAGGCGGAACUACGGUCCCUGAAAAAUCUGAUCCAGGAUGAAGCUUUUAAGAGAUCGAGAACCCAUUCACAGAUGGAAAUUUUCAAUGAGAUGAUUAUCAAAUUGGAUUUAGAACUGACCAGAAUCGAACCUAAACUGGUGACCAAGGUACUAACUGAAUAUGAGAGAGACCCGCAGCUUGACAAAGAAGCCGCCAAGAUUAGAGAGGAGAUGCACAGGAUUCGACUGGAUCUCCAAACGAGAGAUACUGAGGCAGUUCAAGUCAAAACCGAACUCACAACAUUAUCUCAGCUCAAACCCAAAAUCAGGGAGAAGGUAGUUCAGAAAGAAGUGGUGAGGCUCGAAAAGGAUCCAGAGAUGCUGAAGGCGGUUUUCAUGUUCCAGGGUGACAUUGCGGCGGAGGAAUCCCACUGCAAGUCACUAAAUGAUGCCAUUUUUAAUACAAGGAGCCAGAUAAACACCCUAGAGAGGGUCAUUCCCACUAUCCAACCUAAGACAGUCACCAAGGUGGUGAAGCAAGUGCAGCAAGAUCCUGAAACGCGUGAAGAGUCAAAGAAACUUCGAAUCGCCUUGAACGAGGAGAAAGAUGAGAACACUGUCUUGAAGAAGGACCUGAGCACCCUUCAGCUGCGCUAUGGUGAAGUGGAGAAGCUCAGGCCGAAAGUCGAGGUCAAGGAGCUCAUCAACGAGAUCUACAGAGUUGACCCUGAGACAGAAGUCGAGCUGCUGCGUCUGAGGAAAGAGCUGCAGGAAUUGAGCCGCAACCGCACCGACUUGGAGAAAGAGAUCAACACAGUGAUAGCGACUCUGACGACACUGCGUGCUCAGAAACCCAAAGUGGAGUACAAGGAGGUGACCCAGGAGGUGAUAAAGGAAGAGAAGAGCCCAGAGGUCAUCAGGGAAUUGCAAAGGCUAAACAACCAAGUUUCCCGUCUGCAAGUGAACUGUGACAGCACCUUAGAGCUGCUGACCCACCUGCGCAAAGAAAGAGAUGAGCUGAAAGCUGAAAAAUCCAAGGUGGAGACCAAGUUAGUCAAUAAAGAGCUCAUCAAAUAUGAGAACGAUCCUCUACUUGAGAAGGAGGCUGACAGACUUCGGAGGAACGUAAGAGAAGAGGUUAACCAGCGCCGCGGUGUGGAGGAGUGUCUCUUUGAUCUCCAGAACCAGUACAUUGUCCUUGAGAGGCAGAAACCCGAGGAGAAGAUUUUAGUGCAGGAAGUGGUGCGUCUUCAGAAGGACCCCAAGCAGAUCCUGGAGCAUGAGAAGCUGAACAAGAGCCUGGAUGAUGAAAUGAAAGGCCGUAGAAAGCUUGAUUUAGAGGUCAGACAGCUCAGAGCGCUCGUUCAAGAUAAAGAGAGCACCCUGGCUCAGGUGGACGAUCGUCAGAAGAGGAUUCAAGUAGAGUCGGAGCUCAGGCAGAUCAAAUCUCGCAUUCUUGAACUUGAAAAUGCUCCACUACCCGUUGAGGAAAAGAUAAUCAUCGAAGAGGUCCUGAAAGUGGAGAGGGACCCAAAGCUGGAAACACUUACUGAUGGUAUACGUGUCGACUUGGAAACUGAGGGCACUAAUAUCAAUCGUCUAGAGAGAGAAGUACGCAACCUGAAGCUCAAGUUGGAAAUUCUUCAAAAGGAGAAGUCAGCUGAGAAGGUUGUGUACAGGGAAGUUGUUCGUGUAGAGAAAGACCCAGCAGUGGAGGCUGAAAGGGAACAUCUGAGAGAGCUAGUGACACAGGAGAGAAACAUCAGGCGUGACCAGGAGGACAACGUUCAGAACAUCAACAUCAAAAUCAACCAUCUGCAGACGUCCAAGUCUGUGACUUCUCAGGAGGAGGCCUCUCUCAUCGCUGACAGAGACGCUCUGCAGAGAGAGAAGGAGGAUCUCCUCAGACAGCUCAAAACGCUGGAGUCUCAGAGACAGAGCAUCACUAUAACCUUCCAGCAACAGUCCAGGCUGAUGAGUGAGAGAAGCCAGAUGGCCCGGCAGAGGAGUCUUAAAACAUCCUCUGAAGUGCAACGACUGGAGAAAGACAUACUCAACGAAAAAGACAAAAUACACCAGAAAGACACAGUCAUCAUGGAGCUGCAGAACAACAUUAAAAAAGAAGACCACUCAGAAACUCACACCAGAGAGACAAAUCUUUCCACGAAGAUCACCAUCAUGGAUCCAGAAACCGGGAGAGACAUGUCCCCAUAUGACGCCUACUUGCAGGGGCUAAUUGAUCGCAACCACUACAUUCACCUGUCGGAGUUGGAGUGCGACUGGGAGGAAAUCACUUCGACCGGUCCGGACGGAGAUACAACAAUACUGCAGGAUCGCAAAAGUGGGAAGCAGUACUCCGUCAAGGAUGCUCUGAGUGAUGGUCGCUUGACCGAAUAUGACCUGAUGCGCUACAAGGACGGGAAACUGCACAUUUCUGAGUUUGCCCUGCUUGUGGUAGGGGAAACCAAAAAGCCCCCCGUUCCUCCAGUAACAACCCCAAGAUCACCCACCAAAAGCACCCCAAUCUCUCCUUUGAACUCCGUGCAACCCUCCCUCAGGUCCUCCUACACCAACCUCAACACUCAACAAAGUGGCAGUUUGAACAACCUCAAUGCUUCAGUUGGUGAUGAGUAUUUCCCCAUCUCUGGCAUUUUUGACACCACCACUGAGAGCCGCAUGUCUGUGAGAAGUGCCCUCACCCGCAAACUCAUUGACAUUGACACAGCUCUCAAGCUGCUGGAGGCACAAGCAGCCUCCGGCGGAAUCGUCGAUCUUGCCAAAAAGGACAAACUCUCUGUCCACAAGGCAGCUGAGCACGGUUUGAUCGAAACAAAUCACAUGUACAAGCUUCUGAAUGCCCAGAAGGCCUUCACUGGAGUCGAGGAUCCACUGACCAAAGAGCGGCUCGCGGUGGCACAGGCAGCAAAGAAAGGGUACAUGCCCCAUGAAAAUGCCAGGAGGUACAUGGAGGCACAGUACCUGACCGGUGGGCUGGUGGAUCCCUCUAGAGCAGGCCGCCUCACUGUCCAAGAAGCUCUCGCCGCCAAUCUGAUUGACAGCACAACUGCUGAUAAGCUGCAAGACGAGGCUUCCUUCACAAAAGAGCUGGUGGACCCCAUCACCAAAGAGAAGAUAUCAUACAAGCAGGCGAUGGAUCGGUGUCAGAGAGACAUCAGCACGGGGCUCCUUCUGCUUCCUGUUGCCUCCACCGACGCCUCCAAUGCCCCGUCAUACUCAAACUAUCGGUUCAACUCCUCCCACAGCAAAGUCUAGAUGUGAAGUUUAAGAUGUACCGUGUUAUAUUUGCUGCAGUCAUUGCUGCUGAGGGUGGGUGCUAAGGGAUACAUGUAAAGAUAACAAGUGAUAUGUUCAUAAACGUUUGGAAAACACUGGAAAAAAAAGCUUAUUUUGGUGAAACUGUACAUGUGGAUCUGGUUGUUUCAGUGCUAUUUUGGGGUCUGCUGUAAAAAUCAGGUAAUGUUUUUUUUAUGGUAAACUGUUUUUUCAGCACUCUCAUGUUAAAUCCUUCAUUCAGUAAGUGCUAAUUAAACUCUAUAAGCCUGA